ACAAAAACAAUCGAUCACAGACACUUCAGUUCCGAGGCGAUCUAGGUUCCCGGAGAGAGCAAACGGCGGCCGUCCGAGUUUCGGUUUUUCAGAAGUCAGAAGCGCCGUUUGGCAUUUUCUCUUUUCAUAAUGGCAACUUCAGUUAAGUUGAAUACUGGCACAGAAAUGCCCAUAGUCGGUCUGGGUACGUGGAAGUCUCCCCCCGGUAAAGUCGCGGAGGCGGUCAAGGCUGCUAUCGCCGCCGGUUACCGGCAUAUCGACGGCGCCUACGUCUACCAGAACGAGACGGAGGUCGGUCAGGGGAUCCACGCCAUGAUCACAGACGGGGUAGUGAAGAGAGAGGACCUCUUCGUCGUCAGCAAGUUGUGGUGCACCUUCUUCGAUAGGGCCGCAGUGAAGGGGGCGUGUCAGAAGACCCUGAGCGACCUGCAGCUCGACUACCUGGACCUCUACCUGGUGCACUGGCCAAUGGGCUUCCAGGCUGGCUCUGAACUGAUUCCUCUGGGAAGUGAUGGAUUAACUCUGAAUGCCGACACCAACUUUCUUGACACCUGGGAGGCCAUGGAGGAGCUGGUGGACUGUGGCCUGGUUAAAGCCAUCGGCAUCUCCAACUUCAACCACCAGCAGAUCGAGACCAUCCUGAACAAGCCCGGACUCAAGUACAAACCUGCCAAUAACCAGAUCGAGUGCCAUCCGUACCUGACCCAGGAGAAGCUGAUCAGCUACUGCCACUCAAAGGGCAUCAGCGUAACGGCCUACAGUCCUCUGGGCUCCCCAGACAGACCCUGGGCAAAGGCAGAUGAUCCCUCCCUGCUUGAAGACCCGAACAUUAAAGCCAUCGCUCAGAAGCACAACAAAACCUCCGCCCAGGUUCUGAUCCGUUUCCAAGUCCAAAGGAACAUCAUCGUCAUUCCCAAGUCCAUCACUCCUCAACGCAUCCAGGAGAACUUUCAGGUCUUUGAUUUUAAGUUGAGUGAUGAGGAGAUGAACACCAUUCUUGGCUUCAACAGAGGCUUCCGGGCCUGUCCCAUGCAGUGGGCCACCAAGCACAAGGAUUUCCCCUUCAACAUCGAGUACUGAUGACAUCACACCGCUCCGCCGUGGCUGCUCCCUGAUUGGCCAGACUCCACUCUCAGCUGCGGAGGCUUUUGGAGUGCUGUGAUAAUGUGUAUGUGUGCUCGCUCUCUCUCUCUCUCCCCCGCGUCUCAUAAUCCUACUGGGGGCUAUUCAGCAGUCGCUCUCUUUCACUCUCACACACACACACACAAGGAAUGUUGUGUUAAGUUACAUACAGAGUUACUGAACCUUUAGUUGUAGUUACUGAGGUGUUCUGUCUAAUGACACACUCACACUCACUCACCCACAUAUACAUACACAUACACAUACACAUACACACACUAACACACUCUCUCUCACACACACACACACACUCUCACACUCACAAGCGCGCGCACACACCUUUAGUUGUAGUUACUGAGGUGUUCUGUCUGACCAACACACACACACACACACACACGCUCACUCUGUAUCCUAACUGCACACACACUAUGGAUUGCUUGCCAAGUUAGGGAAGUUAUCGUUGCACGUUUUACCCCAAACACUCCAGAUUUGUUUAUUAGGGAACUAAAAAUGCCGAGUCAUGUUUAGAUUGGGGCGCCUGAUUGAUGUGGAUAGUUCUUAAGGGAACUAAAAAGGCCGAGUGAUGAUUAGAUUGGGGCGCCUGAUUGAUGUUGAUGGGAACUACAAAUGCUGAGUCAUGCUGUGGAGCCCAGAACAUCACAUGCUCAAAAGCACCAGUGCCAUAGCAACUGAUUUACACGCUAGUACUCCAUCAGUGUGUGUGUGUGCGUGCAUGCCUGCCUGUGCGUGCUACCUGGUUAUUGGCAGGUUUACUCUCAGCUCGUGUGUAUUCCUAUUUCUGUUACUCGUCUAUGUGUGAAUCUUUGAUCGUGCGUGCGCGCGUGCGCGCGUGUGUGCGUGCGUGUGUAAGAGAUUGUGAAUUCAGAAGCACUCCAUGUGGUUGUCAGUGUCCUCCAGACUGCUGCAUUUAAAAUGUUACUUUUUAUUUUGCUCUUAAGUUACCGUUUAAAAUGUUACUUUUUAUUUUGCUCUUAAGUUACCGUUUAAAUCCAAGUUUACAUUAAAGUCUUUGCUUUACCAGGA